GAGCUAGCCAAUUUCCGGAGCCUUCUAUUACAAACUAGAAAAUGUACGAAUACACCACGUUGGAGUCCGAUCUGGCUUUUCUCGAAUCCAUUAGCAACCAUCUUCUCGAAGAUUCCGAACUCAUGGCGCCGAUCUCCGGCAAUGUUCCUGGGUAUUGCUCUGCUCCUUCCUUCACUGGAUUCCUUUCUUCUCAAAUUUGGGGGAAUUCUCCGGUGGUGGAUUCUGCGGCUGCCAGUGGAGUUGUGGAGGUAAAGGCGGAGGUCGAGGAGGAGGCGCCGAGAGGGGGUGUGGCGAAGGAGGAGGAGGGGAGGCGGUACAGGGGAGUGAGGCGGAGGCCGUGGGGGAAGUACGCGGCGGAGAUCAGGGAUCCGGCGAAGAACGGCUCAAGAGUGUGGCUGGGGACGUAUGAGACGGCGGAGGACGCCGCUCUGGCUUACGACCAAGCCGCUUACAGGAUGCGCGGCUCUCGCGCGCUCCUGAAUUUUCCUCUUCGGAUUGGCUCUGGGGAGCCGGAGCCCGUGAGAAUCACCGCCAAGCGCCGCUCUUCGCAGAGGUCAUUAUCGGAGGCGGUGGCGGCACCCUCUCCGAAGCGUGGAAAGGGAGUGGAUUCGACGGCUAAAGUGGAGGCGGCUGAAGCAAGCGUAGUAGAAAUGUUCCAAGCCAAUCAACUAUGGGUGAAGUCAUAAAAUGAAGAUCAGCUAACCGGCUCAUCUCUCUAAUUACCAUUUAACCCCUGAGAUCUAAAUUCAAAACAACAAAAAAAAAAUUGACAUUUUUUUUUUUGUAUUAAUAUCAAGAUUUAUGAUGAUGUUUGUUUGAUGGUAAAGUUUCAUGUGUACCAAAAAGAGAAAUCUUUAAAUUCAAUUUCUUUUUUAUAUUCUCUUAAA